AGCCCCGUUCUUAAACAGUUUUUCGACAAAUAUCCCAGUGACAAACAGUGGUGUUAGAGAGAGGCCUCCCGAGAAGAGCAGUGAAGGAAUAUCCAAAUGAAUUGACCCAAUCGAGCAUAGUGCCGAGAGAUUUACUCGUGGGAGGCUCCAUAUGGUGCCUCAUGGUUUGAAAUUAUGUUUGACGGGGUGUUGUGCUCGUUUGUCUCAGAGUAAACAAGGUUUCUCCCCUUCGUUUCGUCGAGGUGUCGAAACCUUCAGCCAAGAAGCCGACCCUGCCCCAUUUCCCUGGUCAGAGGAGAGCCUAGAAAGCUGAUCAGCUUUUCUUCAAUCUUAUGGCGGCAAAUGAAGCUGCCAUCUCAACCAAGCCAGUCUCAGCAGCGGGUGAUGACUCCUCUGAAAGCGAUGGAGAGACUGAGCCAGCCAAAUCCUUCCAUCGUAGGUUCUCCACCAACAAGAACAUCAAGUCUUCGGUCUGCACGCGUGAGGGAUUCCUCAUGAAGCAGACGUCAUCAUUCCAGCGAUGGCGGAGACGCUACUUCAAGCUCAAAGGGCGGACUCUUUACUAUGCAAAAGAUACCAAGUCUGUGAUCUUUGACGAGAUCAGCCUUCCUGAUCUGAGCGUGGCCGAGUGCAGCACCAAGAACGCCAACCAUAGCUUCCAGGUCAUCACUCCGUUUCGGUCGCUGGUCCUGUGCGCCGAAUCCCGGCGCGAAAUGGAGGAAUGGAUCACGGCGCUCAAGGCGGCCGCCAACAAGGAAUAUUACGAUAGCGCCGAUCAUCACGAUUUCUUAUCGGGGAGGCAUAAUUGGUACGCGACGUCGCACGCCAGGCCGACUUAUUGCAACGUCUGCCGCGAAGCUCUUUCUGGAGUUACGUCGCACGGGCUCAGCUGCGAAGUCUGCAAGUUCAAGUCGCACAAGAGGUGCGCCGUCAAAGCCAUCAACAACUGCAAGUGGACGACGUUGGCCAGCGUCGGCAAGGACAUCAUCGAAGAUGACGAAGGCAAUAUUGCCAUGCCACAUCAAUGGAUGGAGGGCAAUUUGCCCGUCUCGGCUAAAUGUUCCGUGUGCGACAAAACGUGCGGAUCGGUGCUCAGAUUGCAAGAUUGGCGCUGCCUGUGGUGCCGGGCUAUGGUUCACACGGCCUGCCGCCCACAAUACCCCGUCCGAUGCCCGUUGGGUCCCUGCCGAGUUAGUAUCGUCCCGCCCACGGCUCUUCACAGCGUCGGAACGGACGAGGCUUGGGAUGCCGUCCGUCCGCAGGGUUGCAGUCCUCUGUUCGUCUUUGUCAAUUCGAAAUCGGGCGACAACCAAGGCGUCAAGUUCCUGCGACGCUUCAAGCAGCUCCUCAAUCCGGCUCAAGUGUUUGAUCUGAUGAACGGCGGGCCCGGCCUUGGAUUGAGGUUAUUCCGGCACUUUGAUCCCUUUCGGAUCCUCAUCUGCAGUGGCGACGGAUCCAUCGGCUGGGUCCUCUCCGAGAUCGACAAACUCCAUAUGGAUAAACAAUGCCAGAUUGGAGUGCUGCCAUUGGGGACGGGCAACGAUCUGGCGCGCGUCAUCGGAUGGGGAAGCGUCUGCGACGACGACGCUCAUCUCCCUCAGUUGCUGGAACGAUACGAAAAAGCCUCUGUCAAAAUGCUCGAUAGGUGGAGCAUUUUCACGUCGGAGCGGAGUAUGCCUUUACCUCGCAAAGUCGUCCUGCCUUACGAGCCCAUCACCGCCUUCGAGGAUUCCAUCGUCAAUCACCUGGGCAAGAUUUUGCAAUCGGACGAGCACACGAUCGUCAUCUCCUCCGCAAAAAUCCUGUGCGAGACGAUCAAAGAAUUUAUUGGCAAAAUGGCCGGCCUUCACGCGGCCGAUGACAACGCGUCUUCGUUGGCAAGUGGUGAUGAAUCCAUCGCCCACAAGUGUCGCGUGCUCAAUGAGAAGCUGGACCAACUUCUCGGCACGUUGCACGAAGAAGCUUCUCCCUUGCACGUUGGCACACAACGUUCCAGUGUCGACGAAGAGGAAUCCCCCGAUAACGUCGAAUCUUCUGAACAUCCGGAGAUUAUGAAAAGCUCCAAAGAAGCCAAAGAAUCGCGAAACGAAGGCCGGGCCGCCCGGCAGAAAGGAGCGCGUAAAGUGAGAGCCAAGUUCAACCAAAGAGAGGCGUUGAUGUCGAGGGCCAACAGCUUGAAAAAAGCCGUCCGGCAGAUCAUCGAGCACGCGGAACGGGCCCUGGACGAGCAGAACGGGAUCGUCCCGUCCCGUUCGAUGCACUCGACCAGCGCGAGUCAAACGUCCGGCAUGGUCAGUGGCGGAAGCGACAUCAAAUUGAUUGUUACCCAUCCGAACGAUUCGCCCGUCUCCAACGAGGAGAAGAUGAUGAAACAAACGUCCAGCGCGGCGGCCGCCAAGUCCGCCGCUAUGCCCAUGGCCCUUUUGCAAUUGUACAGCGCCAUCGGUGGCGGAGCCGGAGAUUCGUCCAGCGAGCCGUCUCCCUGUCCGUCUCCGAUUCCCAUGGCACCGUCUCUGACCACCAAUUUCCCUCUUUUGCCCACGUCGCCCAUCCGCUAUCCCAACCCGCCCGUCUUCUACCGGAUGGCCACGCCUCCCAACACUCAGCCUCAAAGGCCGCGCAGCAGCUCGUCCUCGCCUCGGCCACCUUCUGCCGGCCGGAGUUGCUACGUGGCCCAUCAGGAAUCGGCCGAAAGUGAAGGCGACGAAGACCGUUCGGCCAUGUUGAGCCUUCAAGCGAAAUUGAACGCCAUUUCACCCGUGCCGGACGCGUCGGAAACGCGGACGUCCUGCGAGUUUGAUUUCUCGGCUCUGGCCCUGCCCGUUCCGCUCGAAUUUGCUGAUACGGACAGUUUGCAGGACGUGCCCAUCGAUGUCUUUGACGAAGACACUGAAGGCCGCGACAACGUGCCCAGUGUGGAACUCGAUGAGGAGCCGGCCGAAGUGGAAGUGAAGCCCAUCUUACGGCCUCCGCAGCAAGUCAACAUAAGCGUGGUGGUCGAACCGCCUUCGAGCGAGGACAGCAGUCAGGCGAGGCCGGCCAAAGACGAGGUGGACAAUAGCCGUCAAGCGGAAGCAGCGGAAGCGGCUGUCGAAACGGAAGACGAAGACGAACAAGAAGCUCAGGAAACAGCGGCCAUUGCGCGAUUGGGCGAACGGGUCGUCGAAGGCGCCGAAGAGCCCGUGGCCGAACGGACCAAUGCGGCUGCCGCAGCACGAGCGGACAUACGUGCUAGGAGGCAUGCACAGACCACCUUUCUUACCACUUUACCACCGUACCCGGUCACCUAUCGCUCACCUACACCCACUAGUAGACUCACGCCGACACCACCGAGCAUAUCGGUGUGUCGCCAGCACGAACCGACGACCGUUUCACGGCCAGCGACACGGGCCACGGCCAGCGGCGAUGAAGCGAGUAGUCGCCUGCUCACCGUGCCCGUGUCGCCGGCCACGUCGUCAACAACACUUCAACCUUCUCCAACAGCUUCGCGGAGGAUAUCCAGCGGCUCGACCUUGUUGGCCUCGGCCACGGCGUCCAUCGAUUCGGCGGCCGGAACGGCGUGCGGCGCGUCGGUGCACGCCUCGUUGGCGUCCAUCUUGUCGUCCGUGGACGGCCAUCAGCAGCCACGGCCUCCCAGUCCGGACGAGUUGACGGCCGACGGGCAUCAGCAUUGCGGCAAGGAGAGGGAAGCCACUCAUUGCGGCAGCGCUGCCACCAAGAAGCGCAAAAUGCCCAUCAUCAAUCCACUCGUUACCCUUCCUAUGUGGCCUAACGUGGAAACGGGCGGCCUUAUUAGCAAAGUUUUGCUGGCCAACGCGGACGCCCUCUGCGCUGCCGUCUCUCCCCUGAUGGAUGUGGAAGAGGAUCCCGCUGAGAUGAUGGACGAAAAAUGCGUCAUGAAUUCUUAUUUCGGCAUCGGGAUCGACGCCAAAAUUACGCUGGAUUUCCAUAUGAAGCGCGAGGAGCAUCCGGAAAAGUGCCGCUCCAGGGCACGCAAUUACAUGUGGUAUGGCGUCUUGGGCAGCAAAGAAUGGCUCCAGAAAACGUACAAGAAUUUGGAGCAGCGGGUCCUCUUGGAAUGCGACGGGACGCGGAUUCCUUUGCCCAGCUUGCAGGGCAUCGUCGUUCUCAACAUCCCGAGUUUUAUGGGCGGCACCAAUUUUUGGGGUGGAAACAAAGAAGACGACUGUUUCAUCGCCCCCAGUUUCGACGACCGCGUCCUGGAAGUCGUCGCCGUUUUCGGGUCCGUUCAAAUGGCCGCCUCGCGAAUCAUCAACCUCCAACACCACCGGAUCGCUCAGUGCCACUCUGUCAAGAUCACCAUUUUAGGAGACGAAGGCGUCCCCGUCCAGGUUGACGGCGAAGCUUGGCUCCAACCUCCCGGUCUCAUCCGCAUCGUCCACAAGAACCGCAUGCAAAUGCUCUGUCGCAACCGGGCUCUGGAACGAUCGUUGGAGGCGUGGCAAGAGAAACAACAGCGAUAUCAGUUGGUUGCUGGCCAUAAAAUGUUACACGGUACGUCGCUUAGCGACGAUGAAAAUCACGUGCUCAUUACGUUCCUGGAAGCUACGACGGCUCUAGUCAGGUACGUUCGGUUGCUGGCCAUCAGCCAACCGGAUUUGGAUCAAGAGCUGUACAGCCUGGCUACCCAAGCGUCCACCAUGCUCGACAAGAUGCAUCCGGGAGGCAAAAUCAUCGAAGGACCGAGUUUACGUCUUCAUCUGACCGACUUGGUCAACAUCGUCCGCCAACUUCACCUGGAAACGGAUCAUUUCUUGAAAGAGAGGGCUGCCCUCUACAACUUGCGGCCGAACCAGGAGAAGAAAUUAUCGUCGUCACUAUCGCACGUGGUCUGCGAGCUGCGCAAAUGCACCGACAUCAACGGCCUUGUGCACUUUAUCACGUCCGAAGAAAUGUCGGAAAAGAAAUCCCGUGCCGUCAAAUCUAGUGGUGGUGGUGGUGGUGGUGGAGCCGGAAGUAAUAGUGGAGGUGGUGGUGGUGGUAGUAAUAGUAGUGGUGGAGGUAGUAGCUUAUUCCGAUUGAAAUUCCGCCGACCGGCCGAAUCGCGUUCCCGUUCGACCAGCCAAGGACAUCGCCACAACGAAAUGGGAUCGUCCGAUAGCGCAGUCAACGCUAGCGAGGUCGGCACUGGGGGGCGUCCGACCAACACGUCGUCAUCGUCCGUCGACCUCAGCCUCAACGUCCACCUUUGGGGCAACGACGAAGUGGCCGUCUGGCUGGAAUCGCUCCAGCUGGAAGAGUACCGCGACGAUUUCAUCCGGCACGACAUCCGCGGCUCCGAGUUGCUCACCUUGGAGCGACGCGACCUCAAAGAGCUGGGCAUCCACAAAGUCGGGCACAUCAAGCGCAUCCAGCAGGCCAUCCUGGAAAUCAAGGAGAAUGCUCGUCUAUCUCAUCAGUCCUCUUAAGAGUUUUCUCUCAUUUUGCCUGGCCUCUUCUCUCCUCGCACACCGUAAGCUACCCCAAAAAGGAUGGCGAAUGAUUCCGGUCUCAGCAUUCCUGCCAGCUAAUUCUUCUUCCUCCACGUUCGUCUUUCCUGAAUGGACGAUUUACAAAUUGGGACCACGCAGUAAGAGUUUCCGUUGAAAAACAAAACAAAAAUAGCAAAUAGAUGCAACAUCCGCGGCACAUAUCGGAUAUCCUGGACACAUUUAACAUCGUUAUAUGCAAAUCAGCAAUCUCUCUCGUUUUUUUUUUUUUUUUUUUUUUUUUUUAUAAAUCCUGUUCUUUACCUUUUUCUUAUGUAAUGACUGAGUAACUCGUUUUUAAAUUUUCUUUGUUUCAUCGUC